UACUUUUUCUUUUUAUCCGUGGAGCUUCGGCAAAAUGAAAUAAAACUCCACCCCACCUUUGUUUGGAUAUCUUUUUAAAUAUUAACAAGUUCUCAUGCCAUGUCUGACUGGAAGAGGAGACAGAUUUCCUGCCUCGGUCAAAGGAGAACACUGAGUCAGAUCUAUUCUUUUUGAGCACAGCUUUGUUAACAUUUGUCAAAGACUGCAUGGUCCACAUGCACUUCCACGUAAGACGAACACUGUUGCGCUGCUAAAACAUUUGGGUGUGGUUACACUUGUCCACGUCGAUUCAUAUCUAAUUUCCCACAGCCAAAGCCCACAUGCAUCCGUUUUCUAACGAUGUACAUCUCAGAGCUCAGAAGUGCAGCAUCACUGUGAAGCCGCUUUUCUGCAGGUGUUAAAGGGAAAGACCACCAGUCCAAGGAGCGCCUUACUCCUGAGGGAGCCGGGGGGUCUAUGUGCCAGAGAGCGGACGCUGUCUCGUCUCACAUGUCCCUCCCUGGGUCUGUGGGAGACCGUAUCAGGAGUACAAUGUCGUUUGGUAGCGGGACUAUAUGCAGAGGCUCUGUGUCGGCGGACCCCGGCUUUGUGAGUUUUGAUCGGAAAGUUGCGUGUUGUGAGAAGUGUUCAGCGACCCUUGUUGCUCUGAAGAAACAGGCUCUGAGUCUGGCUGUUCACCAUCACUUCUCCUGCAAGGACUAUAGUGGCCUGUCAACAUUUCUUAAUGACAACCUUCGUGUCCAUAUUCGGUCCACCACUGAAUCCAUGGACAGACAGAGAGAGCAGGGCCGGUGUGGAGCCUGUGGUACAAACCUAUACGAGCUCAAACAAGAGGCCAUCCACCUGGCCCUGAGUAGGGGUCACUCAUUAGCAAAGCCCUCAUUUGAACCCAGCUUCAGCACUGGCACACUGCUGGGACGAAGUGAGACAAAGCAUGGGGACAGGGCUCCAAGGGAAGCUGCCACAGCUGUGCAUCAACCACAUAGUCAACCCCACAGUCCUCACAGCCCGCGGAGCCCCAGGACUCCUCAGAGGACCCCUCAAACCCUCAGAAGGAGGGGCCCCAAGCUCCCCAAACCUGAUAUGGGCCACUGGGUAGAGGAGCAGCAACAGUUGGUCACUUCCAAAUCUGUGUCCAGAGCUGAUCGUGUCACCAUCUACCCUUACCAACAGGCUGCAGAUGAUGCAACACCAGGCUGUGGUGAUGCUGGGGUGGUACAGACCAGCUCAAAGAUCCCUCACAUCUCCAGAGUAGUGACCAUUGCCAAUGCUGCUGCGAUGUCCUUUUUGGCUAGAGCAGCUGAAAAGCUCAACCUGACAUCGAGGAAAAAAGGCCAGGCUUCUGAUCCAACUCCCGCCCAUCUCCCCACCUGUUUCAGGGAGAUCAUCCAGAAGAACCCACCACGCAUCCCCUCCUGCCUGCUCCAAGCUGCCACCAGAACAAAGGACUCACCCAGCGUUGACAAGGUCAAAGUCAUGCUGAGGGUGAGUCCAACACUGUCAGGGGGCCAAAGCCACCCACCUGUUCUCCUCAUUGACCCAUCCAAGAAGAGAGUCGCCAUUAUGGAACCAGUUAGCAAAAGCCAACCACACGCUACAGCGACAGCAGGCAGAGAUGGCAGAAAUCUUCUGAAGACCUUCAACUUUGAUGCAACCUAUCAUCAAGAGUCAAGCCAGGCCGAGGUGUGUGCAGGCGUCCUGCCUGAUGUCAUCCGCUGUGUGCUCAGUGGCAGCAAUGGAUGCGUUCUGGGUUUGGGAUGUGCUGAUGUGGGCUCCUGGUCCAGCAUGGUGGGGAGUGAUGAGAGCAUCCAAAAGCUCGGGCUGAUUCCCUGUGCCAUCUCCUGGCUGUACAGUGCCAUUGAGCGACGGAGGGAGAAGACCUGGACUGAUCUGACUGUAUCAGUGUCUGCUAUAGAGCUCUGCUGUGGAGAGGAGGACACACUGAGGGACCUGCUGGGGGAGGUCGUCCCUUCAGCAAGCAGUAUCCAGGACAGCCCAAAAGCCCAUAUUAGACUCCAAGAAGACCCUGUCUAUGGAAUACAAGUACGUAACCACAACCGGGUGAAAGCCCCCACUGCUGAGCGUGCUGCUUCCCUCCUGGAUGCGGCCAUUGCAGCCCGUCGACACAGCGAUUUUGUUACGUAUCUAGCCCACAGCUCCAUAAUGUUCUUCACUCUCCAUGUCCAGCCCCCUCGUACAGAAAGCAGCACCAUUGGCAAAGGGUCACGUGGCCCCACUAAGUUGACCAUGAUAGACGUGUGUAGUGGUAUGAGGGGUAGGAGUAAAAAUAAACCGCCUCAUUCUGAACUGGGGCCUUUUGUCUUGUCUCUACUAAGUGGACAUAAAACCACUCCCAACAAGGGCAGUAAGUUGAAUAUGCUCCUUCGAGAGUCCUUGGGUCAUACAAAUUGCCACACCACAGUGAUUGCUGAAGUUUCUGAUUCAGCGGCAAACCUUCAAGAGACCUUUUCCACCAUCCAACUGGCUUCUCGCAUCCGCAGGACACAGAAGAGGACAAAGCAGUCCAGUUCAUGCUCUCCUUGUGGGAGGAGUCUAACUAGAGAAAAGAGAGGGCCCCAGUCUUUGUCCCUGCGGGCAUUCCACUCCACAGAUGAGGUAGAUGCUGACAUCUGUCCUUUACGUUUGCGCGGUGAACUAGAGGAGCGUUCCAGUAGCGACCAGUCCUGUGAUACAGUCAUUCAACUAGACUCAGAUGGCUUGGUCCAGUCCAAACUAGCCCCAAUGCUAGCACAACCCAAAUUUGUGCCCAUCAUACCUUCUUUGCACCCUAACAAGGCUGACUUGGAUGACCCAGAGUUUACUGCUGUCCUUCAAGAACUUCUGAAAAUUCCUCAACUGCAGGUAGAGAAGAAGAAUGAGGAAAAUGUUCAAGGGCAAUUUGAAAUGCUGAAAGCAGACAUAAAGCCACCACAGGGGGACUGUCUUAAAUGCGAAACAUUUGCUGAACUUCAAGAGCGUUUGGGCUGCAUUGAUGGAAGUGAAAUGACAAUAGAUAUGCUCAAGUCUUCCUGGAAAAGCCCUUUUGUAAACAAUGUCACAAACAAAUCACAACCCCAGAAAGACCGAGUGAAACAUAAAGACAAUGAACCAUCUGAAUCCCCACAGACCUUGAUUCAGGGGUUAGGCUUCAGUCAGACAUCUGCUGGAGAGAAGCAAACAGAUGGUGCCCUCCCUGGAGACAGUUUUCAGAGAGAGGAUUCAGGUUUGUGUGACUGUGAGGAGUGCAGUGCGACCAGUUCCAGUGAAGAACUGAUGAAUCAAACUCAUAGUCUUAACAUGAAAUGCCACACUGAUCUUCCCAACACUGGGACUCCUAAGUCCAAUGAUAAACUCUCUUCCCAGGACUUUGACAUGGAUGUUCAGGGCAUGGCCAUCACCAGCUCCCUUGCCCUUCAGCCUACAGUAAUACUGGAGAGUUCUGAAGCUGCUGAUUUUUUUAAACCAGACAAAAGAACCUCACCAGUUGGCAAGAGCUCCCCAAUAUCGCCUUCCUCCUCCUGCUCCUCUUCACACUCCCUAGCUACCAGUGUUAUACAUAGGGAUGUCUUAACUAACCGUCCCACAGAGGACAUUAAUGACAUGAAGGCUACUAUCACUGUGACUGUUCAACAGCCACUGGACCUUAAAGGUCAAGAUGAACUUGUCUUCUCAAUGGUAGAGGAGGUGACCAUCAGUGGAGCAUUGAGCAGAGGAAGGACAGGUGGAAAUAUUAUUUGUAUCAGAGACAUAGCUCAGUCACAGCCACAUGUUCAAGACUCUGCCAGCUCCCAACCAAUCAGGAUAAUCAGUAAUGUUAGCGAUGAAUCUGCAGCCACUGGUUCCCCUAAUACAGCCAAAUACUGUGUUCUUCAGUCGGCAGUCACAGAAGCUAGCCCUGAAAAGACCCAGUGUCAAUUCAGAAAGGAAAAAAGGUUCUUGCCUUCAUUUAUUAAUCCCAUGCUGAUUAAUUCAGAUGUGGAUUGUGAUUUGGAUGGUGCUAAAGAAAAAGAAAUUCUUCCUGACACUUGUACAAGAGUCAAGUCAGGGUCUGAGUUCAAAGGAAAUAAUACCAGAUGUCCAGAAGAUAGGAAAAGCAGUGGUGCUUUUGCCCCUGGGACACAUGUCAAAAAGGCUGACAAGGUAUGCAACUCACCUUUUAGCCAAGCUUCCUAUGACAAAGUGGUCUUAGAAGAUUCAGCUUUCAGUGAUAAAACUGCAGAAAACAAAAUGUGUGAAAAGAGACCAAGAAAUACAGACAAGAGACCCACUAGAGACAGGGAGCAUGUUUAUUCCACUAACACUAAAACAGGCUCAGUGGGGGGAGAAAUGAUCUGUACAGGUACUGGGAAUGCCCCUAGGAGAACUGAUGUUUCACCUGGUUGCCAAGAAACCACCUCUGCUUUGUUUAAAACAGGCAGUUUGCCUAGAGGCUGGCAAAAUGCCAGCCACCAGGAGAGCUAUAAUGGUGGUCACAUGACAGACAACCAGAGAGACCCAAGGGGGGCGACAUCAUCCACCCCAUGUAGCCCAGGGGUAACACUGGAGAGGAGGCAGGGCAGACAGCACUCUCCAGCGAACCACAGCCUUCACGUUUCCUCUCCUCGGAAAUAUGGAACAGAGUACAAACAGGAUGCUAGUACUGCUCCUAGAAAGGGGGCUGGUUCUUUUUUUGAGACCUCAAGUGUAAGAAUGAAACAUAAUAUGAAUGGGAAGCUGAAGUCACCUACGAAGGACAGUGGCAGGCUUUUCAAUGCCAAAUUGGAGCAGCUGGCUAGUAGAACAAAUUCCCUUGGGAGAACCCCAAAGGACUUCCCAACUCUAGAUAGAGGCAGUAGCAACACCUCUAUGAGUUCAAGGGGGAGCUCUAAAGGAAGUGUUGAGGGGGCCUGUAAGGGAGGUUAUCAAGGAAAUAAUGAGGGAGACUGUACUUUACCAAGGGCUAGCAGGACCCCCCGGAAGAAUCCUCAGUCUGACAAGAGUUAUCACUUCUUCCCUUCUGAAAACUCUUUAACUCAAUCUGCUAGGCAUACCCAUUAUAAGCUCUCUGCUGUUGGGAAACUUAAAAUGGCUAGCCCCAAAGUCCGCCGACUGUCUGCCCCCAGCAUCAAGAACCUCAGUCUGUCCCACAAAAGCCUGCGGCACUCAGUCAACCGCAGUGCCAGCCUUUCCCCAGACAGCAAAACUGUUAGCUUUGAACGGACAUCCUCCUUUCUCUCUUCUUCCCCGCCGCGGUCUCUUCACUCCAUCAGUCGGACUCCAAGCCAGAGCUCCACAAGCUCAUCCACAAAAUCUGCAAUUCAAGGGUUUCUCAAUGGCCGGGUGUCAGAUCUCCUCAAGGAAAGUGCUUCCAGCACCACUUCAGGAGGAAUGGAUCAAAUUAACACUCUUCCCUCGCCAUACAGCCGAGUGACUGCUCCUCGCGUACCUGAUCACCACAGUGGGCACGCCAGUGACACCACCAGUGUGUUGAGUGGCGAUUUACCACCAGCAAUGGGAAAGACAUCACUGUAUUUUUCUAACAGGAACAGCAUGGUGAGCAGUGGCUAUGACAGCAUGGUGAGGGACAGUGAAGCCACAGGCAGUGGUGCCUCGAACAGAGGUUCAGGCAGUGACAGGAGCGGCUCUCUCCUGAGUGUGGCUCACAGCAGCCGAUCUUCUCGGAGGAAAGGCAGCACAGGUAUUCACCAGCGUCGUCCUUCUCAUGAUACACCCCUUUCCCUGAGACGCUCAGCUAGUAGUCUGCAGUCUCGCUGGGUAGAUCCAGGAAUCUCAGAGGCCUACGAGAUCAAGGUCUAUGAGAUCGACAAUGUGCAGAGGAUGCAGAGAAGAGCAGGGGCUUACAUGCUUCAGCGCCAAGCUCAUGUUUUUGGAGCACCAUCAGCAGAAGAUCUCGGAGGCCUGAACCAAAUACAACAACUUGAGGAGAGAGCUGGAGCAGGCCAAACACAACUCCAAGCUGGAGCUCGCCAAGUGGAACCAAGAAUUUGACCUGUGGCAGACGUUCGAGGUAGACUUCCUGGAGCAUCUGGGGGCCCUUGAGGUGAUGACGGCUCGCCCAGGAAAUAGGGUCAACAUCUGCAAGGCCAGCAUCAUGAUGGUUCCCACCAGGGGACAACAUAAGAGGCGGCGAAAAGCGCUGGAGCCGAGAGCCCUCAAGGGAAUCAGCGUAGAAUGAUAGUGAGAAUUGAAACAUAUUUAGAUGGGGAUGUUUAGAUUGCUUCUCCUCAGGCUGUUAUGUUUCAUUAAGUACACCUAGUUAACUGUUAAAUUCUUCUCCCACACACUCUACUUUCACUUUAUCCACACUUUAUUUUCUCAACUACUACAAUCCAAGUACUACAGACUGGAGACAACAUGUCUGGUUCCACCUGCAGGUUUUACACCCUUACCAACCUUCACAGCAAGGUCAGAGUCUGAGCCACAGUCCUACACGUGACAGGAAUUUGACGCCUGAUACUUGUAUAAUCCAAUUUGUAACCAUUCUUGCACUUUUGGACAUUUUCUGGACUUUGUUGCACAUCAGACAGUUAAAAAAAUUCAGAGCCUUAAAAUUGGAUCUUGUCUGUUACCGGACAUGAAUCUCACUACAAACAUACAAGUUCUGUGUGUGUCCUUUAAAUAACCUUAAAAGCAACUUGUUUUUAGUAUCCUACAGUAUAUUUAAAGCAAUCAUUUCAACUCAGUGCAGCAUCUAAUGCUAAAACAUUUUCAAUGUGGCUGAAGGACAAAUGUAAUUGCCCCAUCCUUGUACUGUAAAUAAUCUAGUGAGUACUGAAAAAAUCAAAAUUGCUACAAGGUGACAAACCAAAAGACUGUUCUUGGUCUUUGAUCUUCAUUCCGUACAAAGUCUUCCUUUGGGUUUAAUACUGUACAGACAAUAUGCUUGAUAUUGGAUUGAACUAUUAUAGAUUCUUAUACAUACAGUAUCUGUGCAAGUCUACUCCAGGCUUUAAGGGCCCAAAAUUAAGCACUUUUGUAAAGUUGUUAAUGACCUCAUUGUACUGUUUAAAAAUGUCUAUACACUGUCACUCACUGACAAAAGCAGACACUGUGUUUUUUUAGAAUACAAUUCACUGCAAACAUUCAACUGUGUUCUUUUAGUUUCUUAUGUUGAAAUGUCUACUGAUUUAAGACAACCUUUGGUAACUACAGUCAUCAAAAACCAUUCUGAUAAGUCAACAUACACAAUCAAGUGUGCCAUUUCUUUCAUUUCAGAUGUCUGUUUUGCAGGAAAAUGUGUUUGUUUUUUUCAGUUAUUUUUCUACUGAGCAUUCAAAAGGGAAUACCAUGCUACACCUGAAGCCAUUUUGUGUACAGGUUUUGGUGCUGAAUACAAUGAUCAAGAGAAAACUGUGUAUUUCAAAGCUUUUGAAACUAAUGUAAAAGUGGUUCCAUCCUUACGAGGAUCCUGGGUUGAAGUGAAGAUGUAGGAGGACUCAGAGCAGUUUCAGUAAGACUGAUCUGUCUGAAAAGAUGAGGAGGACUGAAGGACAAGGCUUAAGUUCCUCAAAGUUACUGCCAACACCAACACCACUGUUUUCCUGUCUUCAGAGGAUGGGUGGUUAGUGAUCAAUACACUGGCUGCUAAAACACAAUACUAAUUGAUUCUGGUCAGAAUGAAAAAUGUGGAUUAAACUUUUAGUGUGAUGGAGGAGUAAUUACAUUAAAGAAAUAAUAUCGUUGUGUCUGAAGAGCCUCAUGACUCUGAAGUCAUUGAGCCAAUCAGAGGGGAUUCAGUGAUGCAUAGUAAUCACUGGACAUUGGUAGGUUUUCUCCCUGGAUCAAUGCAUCUAUACAUACAUGGAACACAAACACACACACUCACACUGAUUAAUUCAAACAAACAAGCCAGACACUGGAUGUUUGUUUUGUGAAUCCUAUUAAUCAGCAUGUUGUAUGUCACUGUUAAUAAAUGACCACAGCUCCCUGUUAGUUUAUGUGACUUUGAUGUGCAAACAUUAAAGUCAUUAUGCUGUUCCUCCUCAUGCUUCCAUCGCAUUUGUGUGUCUGCACCAAAUAUACAGGCUAUGGUCUGCACAUGGUGGUCAAGAGUGUGCAUUUCAUUUUUGUACAUGUAUGUUUGUGUACUCAGUUGUGUGUGUACCAAGAGGGUGAAAAUGCUUCUGUUAUGAUGCAGCAAAACAACAACAGCAUGCAUUUUCAUGCAGGCAUAGCUCAGCCCUCAAGCUGGACAUUUAUAAAGUCACACUCCUUAUGAGUGAGAAAAAACCUGGGAAGAAACACACACACACUUCCUUCCUUGACAUUGCUCUUCCUCUCUUUCUGCUCCACUUCCUCAUUGUUUAGCCUCAUUUGAAGGUCCACAAAAUAAGAAGCGGCACACAAGUGAAAACCACAGUCUUCUAUUCAGCUUCUGUGUGUUCACAUUUAGAAAACAGAGAAAAGGGACAGAAAUACAAACCCACACACAUUCACAGGUCGUUUACAUCUGAAUAGGGCUUAAUACGUAAAAUAUAAGAAAAGUAAUUUC